UACCUUGGAUUUCACAUAUAACUAGAAAGUUGUAUUGCAAAUGGUUGGCAGUCCUACCAAAUCGCUUCUGAAGUCUUUUUCACGCGGUGCGGAUAUCGCCAAGAUGUUUACGGCAAACGCAAAAAUAAUAAAAAGUGGUGCAGCAGAACCUGAUGCGUUCGAAGCUAGCAUUUCUCAAGCUCUUUUAGAGCUGGAAAUGAACAGCGAUUUAAAAUCACAAUUACGAGAAUUGUACAUCACUAAGGCUCGCGAAAUAGAAACCAAUAACAAAAAGUGCAUCAUUAUAUAUGUACCUAUGCCGAAACUAAAAGCUUUCCAAAAGAUACAAACACGACUAGUACGUGAAUUAGAGAAGAAAUUUUCUGGGAAACAUGUAAUGUUUGUUGGAGAGCGUAAAAUUUUACCAAAACCGACAAGAAAGACACGCACCAAGAACAAGCAAAAGAGGCCAAGAAGCCGUACUUUGACGGCAGUGUAUGAUGCAUUGCUUGAAGAUCUGGUAUAUCCUGUCGAGAUAGUUGGCAAACGCAUUAGAAUUAAAUUAGAUGGUACUCAGCUCAUCAAAGUUCAUUUGGACAAAAAUGAACAAACAAAUAUCGAGCACAAGGUCGAUACAUUUGCUGCAGUAUAUAAAAAAUUAACUGGUCGAGAUGUGACAUUUGAAUUCCCAGAAACCUACGUAUAAUUUGUUACAAAAAUAAAAAAACAAUUGAAAUAUUG